AUUUUCUAUGGACACUAUAAUAUAGACCUGGCCAUGUCCGUACUGACACUGUUUAGUGUAUUGGCAGCCAUUCCUGUCUGCUGCUCCUGGCAUGAGUCCCUCUUAAUCCUGCUUUCAAGAUGGUUAAUCGUCUAAAGGUAGCUUUACUAUAACAGGAGUGCUGAGCUUUGAUAUUCUGAUUGAUUUAAACACUGCUCUUUCAUUUGGAAGCCUCAGCCUAGAGGUCUUAAAUGAAUGAUCCAACCAAAGGUCAUGCACAUGAGGCAGUCAUAGGUCACUGGUGGCUUCAGAGCAAGUAACUUCUCCACAGUUGCUGGUGCUGGUUUAACAACAUGGCAUGUGUUGAUCCUCUCAAAGUGUAGGCUACAGGUGAUUUUAGAUGGGUGAUUGGACAGGGAUUAUAUUGAAGAUCAGUUUGUCAGUCCAGUUAUUGCUGAGUCUUUAUGCAGUCAUAGGUCCUUAGUGAUUUGAUCACAAGUUAUAACAAUCUGUCUUUGGAGAUGUUUUCUAUAGUUGAAAGGAAAAUGUUAUAUAUAUAAGUACUAAAGGGAUUUAUACCUACUGCAAAGCUUGGUAGCAGGAGCUGGAAAGUAUACAUAAAUAAUUGCAUUCUAUUUCACUUUUACUAGAUAAAAAUUUAGUUCUGAAAUGGCUGAAAUAAAAUAUUCUUUAGUAUAUGCUUAUUCUGUAAUUUAUGUUACAAAAACCCUAACCAAAACAGAUCUAGCAGGUUGAGGUAUUCCCUGACCCCACUGCCACUGCAGGGGAAUCCUUGUUUCAAUAGGGUUAGUGUUAUGUGUUCGACUGUGGGUGGUGAGAUUCAGUGCUUGAAAAUAGAAUGUUAAGCAAGGAGUUAAAUCCAUAGUAGUUGUCAUGCAUGUUCUGCCAGUUCAGUGGUUAGGAACUGUUGUGCAAGUGUCCAAUACAGACUACAACUAAUCUGCACGCCAGAAAUGUUCUUGAAUUCUUGGAAGUUUUCAGCUGUUAUCGAAUUAGUGUGUUAACUCUCUUUUUAAGGUUUACUUGCCAAGUGGCUUACAGCUUAGAUUAAGUCAAUCAAUGCAUUAAGUCUGUGCCUGUCUAGUGUUGCCGGCACUACACUAGCCCAGCCUUCGCCAGCCAGUUUACCGUUGACUGCUCCCUGCAGUCAUCUGGGUGCUUUGGACACUAUCCCCACCGCCGAAGCCCUCUCUACACUGUAGAAAUCAUGGGUGCCCACGGCUCAAACAUGGAUGAUAUCUUGGCAGAGGACAUGCACCACUGGUAUAACAAGUUUAUGAAGGAGUCUCCAUCAGGCCUGAUAACCCUUUUUGAGUUAAAGAGCAUGCUGGAGCUGCAGGGCAUGACAGAGGAAGCUGGCAGCUAUGUAGACCAGGUCUUUUUUACCUUUGACAUGGAUGGGGAUGGCUAUAUUGACUUUGUAGAAUACAUAGCAGCUGUAAGUUUAAUGCUGAAAGGAGAGAUCAAUCAGAAACUAAAGUGGUACUUCAAGCUCUUUGACCAGGAUGGAAAUGGGAAAAUUGACAAAGAUGAAUUGGAAACAAUAUUCAAGGCUAUACAGGACAUCACCAGGGACUAUUCUAUUCCUCCUGAGGAAAUUGUUACCCUUAUAUAUGAGAAGAUUGAUGUGAAUGGGGAAGGUGAGCUGACCCUGGAGGAGUUCAUCAGCGGAGCAAAGGACCAUCCGGACAUCACGGAUAUGCUCGCCAAAAUGAUGGAUCUCACACGAGUCCUGGAAAUUAUUGUUGAGGGACAGAAGAAAGUUUGCUGACUGACUCUUUGGUUGCUUAUACAUUGGACUAUGCAGAAUAAUUUGAAAAUCUAAGCAAAGAAAAGAAGUGGAAAGCAAUGUACAAUAAUUUGUGAAAAAGGAGACUUUGAUCGCUUCUAUAAUUAUAUCUCAACUGAUCUGAGGAUGGAAUUGCAGAGCUAACAACACUGCUUGACAAUGCGUUAUAUAAGAGAAUCACCUGAGACAAUGGAGACCUGCUUGUGAUUCUUAUUCUUAGUUCUUCUAUUCACCAAAAGAUCAUCUUAAAAAUUGUUCCUAUAACAGAAAAUCUAACAUCAAUUUACAUUAAGCUGUGACAACAAGUCUAACCACAUAUUUAUCAGGCUGUGGACAUCCUGCAGAAUGUAGAAAUAGUAAAUUACGUGUUACACUGGCAAUAUUGAGUAAUGAUUGGCUGCUGGUUAAUCAUUUACUGUUGUAAGGGAUUUAACAAAUUCGAUAUUUGAUAUAUACUUAAAAUGGUUAUAAUGCAAUUCCUCUAUUUUUAUACUGAAUCUAAUAAAACAUACGUUGAGCCAUCAGACUAAUUGGAGUUCAUGUACCUAUUUCAAUACAAGGAAACCCAAUCCCUACUCACAAUUGGAAACGAUUGCACUUUAUAGAAUGAAAUGUCCCUAACCAAAGUUUUUUUUUUCAUUCACAUUAAUAAAUUGGUCACACAAUGACAGUUUUCAUGUUAAAUAAGCUACUGCCUCUCUUGUUAACUAUGAUUGUCUGUGACUGUGAAAUCAUUGAGUGUAUUUAAAAAGCUGUAAUUGUACAGUAUAUGAUUUAAAAGUGUUUAACUUGCCUUAAAAAAAACCCAAUAUCUUUCUGAAGAAAAUAAAAUGAAUAACAGUAACGUUUCCG